UAACGAGCGAACGCUUUAACCACUAUAGGCUACCCAACCGCCCUUUCACUAUUUGGACAUCAUAUCUCUUGUUGUGACUCAAAAGGUAAGACAUCACAGUCAUACAAAGAAAAGUGCUGAAUAGCAAGCUCUCUGUUGUCCUCAAAGAUAGAAAUACAUCCUCUUUGCAUAUUUCUAUACUGUUUUCUGAAUGAAAAUAUUGCCCUACAUCCUUUGAACCUUGUAGUAACCACAACUUUGCAUUUUGUAGCAUAUACUUGUACAUAUAAUUAAUUGAAUAUACCUACCAACAAUGACUGUAAGAGAAGUACCAUUGUAAAAAUAUUAGCUUCUGCGGUGAUGCAGACAUCAUAUCGGCUGGUUCAAUCAGAGGGGGUUUAUUGUGAAUUGAUACCUCUGAUUGACCAAACAAAAUUGAUUAUUUACCAAAUUCAUGGUAGAAUAGCAUUAUUAAAAUACAGUGGCCCUCACUUUGCCUGAAAACUUGAGGGCCAUUGUUUGAUAACUCUGUCCAUUUCAAAUAUAAACAACAAUCACGGAAACAAUUUCAACCAUUUUGCACACUUUACCAUGUUGACUAAUUCUCUGUUUACUAAAUCUAGCAACAUACUGGCCUUUCUGUCAAUAUGAAAUCAUUAAUUUAGGAAGAUAACAUUUUGAAAAACCCUUUCAAAAAUGAAACUCAAAUGCCACUUUUGUCAUGUGUUUCAGAUAGUUGAAAACACUCCCAAAUGAACAACAGCACAGCAGUGUCCGCAGCCCCGGGGAAGUCCAGUGGAGGCUUCACCCCCCUAGCUAUAGGCCUGAUGACGGGGCAGUUCAUCAUGAUGGUGGUGAUGGUGGGGGGCAACAGCAUCUUCAUCCUUGCCAUCAUCAAGUACCGCAAACUGAAGACCAUCAACAGCAUGUUUGUGGCCAAUCUAUCCCUGUCCGACCUCAUCCUCGGGAUCACCAUGUCCUUCCAGAUCUCUUUCUUCUUUCAGCCCUGGAUGGAACAUGUGAAGGAACUCUGCAUCCUCCGAUUCCAGUUUGUCAACCUCUUCAGCAAGGCAGCUCUGUACUCCCUCUGCCUCACCGUCAUCGACCGCUUCAUUGCCAUCACCUACCCCUUGAAGUACCCCAGCAUCAUGACCAACACCAAGGCAUAUGUCCUCAUUGCCAUCAUGUGGAUCUACGCCCUCACCAACGCCCUCGUCCCGAUCAUCUUUGACAUCAACACAUGGGACACCGCUGACUUGUGUCUGUACGAGCUUGUGACGGAAAGGAAGUACCGCCUGUAUAUCCACACCGAGGACCUCCUCCUCUCCAUCUUCCUAAUGGUGUGCUACUCCUACAUCUACAUCGUUGUCCGCAGACACAAGAGGAAGAUUGCAACGGAGAACAUGGCAUCUGAUCGCAGGUUCCUCCAGGACAAGAAGCUGGCCAAGUUCAGCAUCAUCAUCGCCAUCGUGUUCACCAUCUGCUGGCUACCCUUCAGCAUCAUUCAGGAGGUCCAGGUGUACAAGUUCUCCGUCACUGGAGCAUUUGUGGGCAACUUUGCUGUCUUUCUGGGCAUUUCAAAUUCAGCCAUAAAUCCAUUUAUCUACACAUGGAAGAAUCCGGACUUCCGCAGCGCUAUUAAAAAACUGCUUAGACUUGAGCAUCUUCCUCAACAGACAAAUAUCAAUUCUGUUGAAUCGAUCAGUUAGAACAGACUACAAGGACAUAGAAACCAGAUGAGAUGGCUUCGCUGGCCAAGUCCUGGGUUGACAUCAGCACAUGGGGCUUAUGUUGUAAGUUAUUGUAAGGAUCGUCAACUAAUUAUAUAUUUUACAUCUGAUACAAAGGACUCAUCAAGUGGUUCUACGUCUUGCAAUGUAACUAUUGCAACUACAACAUAAUUAUUGCUUUCCUAACACCCUGAUCCAAAGUGUACGCGACUCUGCUCGUCCCACUAGCCUGACGUCAAUACUCAUGUCACAGUGAUAUUACAGGCAGUCCACGUGUGCGUGUGUGUGUGUGUACGUGCGUGCGUGCGUGCUCAGUCUUCAUGGCUUGCUUGGACCAGUGUUUGUAACAAACUCAUGAUAACUUGCUUUCAUGUGGUAUGUAUGUACCCAUGUCGGUAAUUCAGUACAAUUACUAGUAUUUAACUUUUUAAGAUAUUUUAAGAAAGUAAGAAAACGUUGUUUCUAUAUAAUAGUGUGCCUGUUUCUUAGCAAAUGAAUACAAAUAUGUGUGAUACGUAUUUCUACAUUGAUGACGUAAUUAGGUACUAAGACGACACAACAGGGUUAAGAUGUGGUGAGGUGAUAGUUCAAAUAUUUUUGACACAUACUUCCUUUCACUUUUGCUUGAAGCAAUAUGUAAAAUGGGAAUAUAAGAUUUCAACGUGUCAUUACGUCUUUGAUGAUUUUUUGCUUUUAGUCUCCCACUUGUGGCGGCAACACUUCACUGAGUGUCUGAUUGACUUAACGUGUCCGUAGAGAACCGUCCACUGUGAGAGUUGUGGAGUGAACACAAAAACAAACUAGCAGGCAUCCUUCACAUACAGAAUCCAUAAUACCUAACUUUGUUUCCUAUGUAUGUUCAAUAUAGACAGCAUUAAUGUGCAGCCUCGGACCAAUCAAUGGAGAAAGUGACAGCAUAAUGACGUUAUGACACAUUUCUGAUGAAAGUGACAAUUUGAUGAAUUGAUGACACAUUUCUAGAGAAAGUGACAAUUUAAUGACUUGACACAAUUCUGGAGAAAUGACAAACAUACUAGACAUGUCAAAAGCUGACGAGCCUGAAUUGCCAUCAUUGAAGCACUCCGGAAGCAUACCCCCAGCAAUGUAUGCUAUGUUAUUGUUGUAAGAUUUAUAGAAAUAGCCACACUAUUAGAUUUCCUCUUGAUUGACUGCCUCAUGACAUUUCCGUAUAGCUGCUAAGCAUUGCAAGAUAGAUAAUAUAGUAGAUAUAUGCUGCAACCAAGUCUACACGUCAGCCAAUGAAAACAUUUGUCAUGCACCGCUGAGCCGCUAGCUUUAGGCCACGCCUCCACAUAGUUUUGUUUUGGAGUCUGAUUAAAGAGCGUGUGAUUUCAGCUAUUUCACUUGGACAUUGAAAUAUUUUCAAUGAAUGUUAUGAAUUUUUUCCUCUCGGAAAGUGACCUAAUGUAUUGAGGAAAAUUGAUAUUCUGAAAGAAAUCACAGUCAAUUUUUUCACUUUACUUUCCCUUUAAGCUUAUGUGGUCAAAAGCUGUCUUAAAUGCCUAUUUUACAAGUAGUGACCUUGGCCAAUCAAAUUGCAGAUAGAUCACCCUAACGUAUAGAGGCUGUAUAAGUGAGUGAGUGAGUAUGGUUUUACACCACUUUUAGCAAUAAUCCAGCAAUAUCACAUCGGGGAACACCAGAAAUAGGCUUCUCGGGAAUCGAACCCGGGUCUUCGGCGUGAUGAGCAAACGCUUUAACAACUAGGCUACCCGACCAAAGAGGCUGUAUAAAGUAACGAAUACUCUUAUGAAGGCUGGUCAAAAAGUUCUC